GUGCCGCUGUGUUUACAAACAAUGGACCAGGAGUGCUAGCCUAGACUAAUCUAGAAUUCUAGAUAGGAUUCCAGGAGUUCUAGUCUAGAUCUAUCUAGCUCUAUAAAAUGCGCGCAGUUAGGAAUAGUAUCUUGCAUUAUAUUUUCGUCAUAAUUAUCUUAUUUGAUAUAAAUCUAGUUUUAACAGAAGAAACUAAAAAUAUAAAAAAUGUAGCUGCUCAGCAGCGGAGGUGCUCUUAUAAAGUCAGGAAAUUGUGGCAGACAGACAUCAGCUCAUUUCCAUUUGCUGCUUCACCUCUUGUGACUGACAUUGAUGGAGAUGGAGGAUUGGAUAUCGUAGCCGCACCAUUUGGAGAAACAUUGGCCGUCAUAGAAGGAGAGACUGGGAAAUAUCUUCACGACACAAGCUGGCCCCAACACAAUCUAGAUAAGUCUGUACAUUCUUCUGCUUUGCAGUUUGAUAUUGAUGGUGAUGGAAUUCUUGAUUUGUUGUUUGUCACCUCACAAGGGGAAGGUUUGUUUUACACUUCUCUCGGGCAUGCCCUACCCAAGUACACUUUUCAGCUACCAGCACCUUAUGUACAUUCUUCAUGGUUCAGAGAUAGUCACUUUGUUCAUUAUCAAAACUUACACAACUAUGUUUCCUUCACAGAGAAACCUGGCUACAUUCCUGUGGACCCCCAUGUCUUAAGUACGCCAGUACUGUACAACAUGAGCCACUUGAUAUUUCCUGUAUCCUGUUUUUAUAGCGAUGAUGACUAUAACACUACCGAUGGUCGUGGACCUUGGGGGGAGAGAAAAUUCAAAAAUAAAUUUUAUUUGGCAGCUGUUGCUGUUUUAGACCUCAACGCUUUCAUGAUGUUUGUAGGUCAUGGCAGAAACAAAGAUGGCCAACAGGAAGUCUCUUUCAUAAAGAUGUUCUUCCUUGAACUCUCGGAAAGUCCAGUUUUUAAUCUGUUCACUCCAACUGUCAUUGAUAUUGAUGGGAACUUUGGCCCACCUGAAAUUAUAACUGGCCUUUCUUCUGGGCAGCUUUAUGUCCUUUCGUUGGAAGGUUCCCAUAGAGCUGGGUUUCCAAUGACAUUUGCGAACAUUUCUGGCAGAGUUAGUGCUGCUGACCUCAAUGAUGAUGGUGAUUUAGAACUUGUGGUCUUGGAUACAAAGGGGACAGCACACUGCUUGAGUUCCAAAACUGCCCAGCUGAUGUGGUCAACAGAGAUAGGAGGAACAUCCUUUGCAGGAAGUGUCGUGACAAACAUUGACUACGAUAAUUAUUUAGAUGUAGUGGUGGCUACUGACCAAGGGAAAGUGUUUGCACUAAGUGGAGUCAACGGUACCAUCCUACCCCAUUAUCCAUUCAAAGCAGGGAGAAGAAUUGUGGGUCACGUACUUGUGACCAAGUUUAAUGUUAUAAAAAAUGCUAAUGACCUGGUGUUUUUGUCAGAUGACGGGAUACUUCAUAUUUUGGCUGCCGAUCACAGCUGCCUCAGCCAGAUGGCACUGGCUGAUUCAUCGUUUGUAGACAUCCUGACUUACAAUGUGGUAGGAAUGAAUCGUGGGAUGGAGUUGAUUGUCUCCACCUCAGAUGGCAGCCUGAUCUGCUUAGGGUCAGGGAUGGAGAGCUCUCUUGAAGAGAGAGUUGACUUGGAGUAUAGCAUACUAAGCAAGAGAUUAGCCUACCCUUCAGACACAGCAACACACAACAAUUUCUAUUUCAGUCUUUUGAAGCCAGUAAUUCUUAUUGAUGAAGCAACAAAACUACUCAAAGAAGUCACUGGCAGCUUUUUAGAGUUUACUGUCAAUAUUUUUAACUCUUUACCAAGUCAAAAAUUUCAUUUAAAGGUUUAUCUGGGAAGCCAUCUGGUUCACACAGUGGACCAAGUGUCCGGUGACAAUAGUCCAUUAAGUAUCAACAUACGAACCCCUGAGCAACCUGGCCAGGCACACAUUGUAGUGGCUGUUUAUGACCAGUUUGGAUUUGUGUACACUGACUCGAUAUUUCUAAAGUUCAACCAGUUAAUACUUCUAGAUCUCCAGUGGCUUGUUUUAGCCCCAUUUAUUGCUAUGAUCAUUAUUUUACUGGUCAAUCACGGAUUUCCUGCCAAGGAUCUUUUACCUGUAACUUUCCCUUCAAAAUCAAAAUAAUGUUUUAUUGUCAUUUUAGACAUCUUAGAAAAUACUUUUAGCAAAAUCUAUUUUUAAAUAUUAAAAAAUGUAUGUAUCAUUGUAUGAAGAUAAUAUGAGAAGUGUAUGUUAGUAGUAUAAGUGGUUUAUGCUGUAUGUAAGGUCACUUUUCAUUGUUUCAUACUUUCCAUAUAAUUGAAGAGUUGCCAUUCCUUGUCAUUUUGAGAAUGUGAAGUUUAUUUGUAAUUGAUGUAUUCGAUAUUUGAUUGGUGUACUGACAAUGAAUGAAAGUUUAUAUUUUUUUAUGUGAUAAUUUAUUAAAUAUGCUAAUGCAUGAAAAUUGAUUAUGUUUUAUAUGUCUGCAUUUUAGUAUGUCCUUUAUUAUAUGGUUUUGUUUCUUUUGUGUGUGUGAAAUUCUGUUUUUAAUUAAACUUUAAACCUUGUCA